AUGUCAUCAUCAAAAGAUGACUCGGAUUCGAAGAGAAAGCGAGCUCGGGACUGGCUUCGCGAAGCAUUCCGCCCAUCUUCGUCUCGCACACCAACUUCUGUGUCCACAUCUAGUGCCAUAGUCAAGGGCAAAAAAGAAACAGACAGGAGGUUGAAAGAUGCGCUAACAGCCUUGAGCAAUGCUUCUGGAUUACUCAGACCGAUUGGGGCAGUUGCCAGUAUACUAUUGAACUGCGUCGACGCCAUCAAGGCAGUAGCAAAGAAUCAGCAAGACUACGAAGAUCUAGCGACUGAUCUGGCCCAGCUAAGCGAAUCACUCGUCAAUCAUUUAGGAAACAACACAUCGAGUGUAGCGUUCGGACAGAUCGCUUAUGAGGCGACGAAGAUGAAGGACAAGUCCGAACCUGACAUUCCGACUGAACGGCUAUUGAAAGGGGAAUUGCAUGAAGAUGAGCUGAUGCGGCACUGUCGGCGGAUACAGGCAUUAUUUCGACAGCUGCAGAUCGAACUAAGCGCAGGCACAUGGAGCAUCGCACAUAAGACUCUUGUUAACACACGACUCGAACACCUGAAUCCAGUCCAGCUGGCAAGAUAUGGCUCUAGCCUUUCCACAUCCAUAAACAGACGCACAUGUACCCAAGGCACACGUACACACGUUCUAGCAGAGCUCACCGAGUGGGCCGACAACCCAGAUGCGCCUUCUGUAUUCUGGAUGAACGGCAUGGCCGGCACAGGCAAAACCACUAUCGCAUGUACCUUCUCGGACCAGCUCAAGCGCAAGGGUCUGCUGGCUGCCAGCUUCUUCUGUACCCGGACUUCGGCCGAAUGUCAGGAAGCGACUCGGAUUAUACCGACAAUCGCAAACCGGCUGGCGCGGUACUCGCCAUCGUUCCAACAAAGCCUAUGCGAGGCUAUCAGCCAGGAGCCUAAUGCAAAGUCAAAGACCAUAGACAGGCAGUUCGAGCUCCUACUAGCAGGUCCACUGAAGAAGGCGGGCGGCGACAAGCUGACUAACCAGGUGGUGGUCAUAGAUGCCCUGGACGAAUGCAAUGAUCCGAAAGGAGUGGUGACCAUCCUCGAAAUGCUGUUCCGCCACGCCCCGCAGUUGCCUAUCAAGUUCUUCGUGACGAGCCGACCGGAGCCAGGGAUAUACGAAACAAUGAAGGCACGGCCCGAGUCGCAGGCCGGGAUGAUCCUGCAUGAGAUCGACCAGUCGCUUGUGAGCGCUGACAUCGAGCUGUACCUAAAAGAGGAGCUGGCGUUCGUAUCGCCUUGUGUGUCGGACGCCGACAUCAAGCAGCUUGUAGAACGGUCAGGGGCGCUGUUCAUCUAUGCGGCCACACUAGUGCGAUAUAUCAGACCCGUCAAGCAUCAUGACGAUCCCAAUAAGCGGCUGCAAUCAGUGCUCAGCAUGACUUCUGGAUUGGAAUUGGGCCAUGUGAAACAACCAAUGGAUAUGCUAUAUAGGGCAGUGUUAAAAUCUGCCCACGAUGAGGAUCUGGAUGAUUCUGAGCGAGAGGACGUGAGGAUGGUACUACGCACGGUACUGUUUGCCCAGGAGCCGAUCAGCGUCGAGACUAUUGCGAUACUGGCCGACAUCGACAACACUGAUCGUGUGGAGUAUGCACUAAGCUUGCUCCGGUCCGUCAUAUUCUACUCGGAGUCUACCCACAUUGUGUCCAUACUCCACACAUCCUUUUCAGACUUUAUAUUCGAAAAAACUCGGUCAGAGGAGUACUUCUGUGAUACCAUGGAGCAUAGCCCGGCGUUGGCGAACCGCUGCUUCCAGGUCAUGGAGAAACAGCUACGGAUGAACAUAUGCAACUUGCCGUCAUCGUUCCUCCCCGAUGAAAAGGUCGAAGACCUGCAGGACCGAAUCAAGAGGAGCAUCUCACCCACAUUGUCAUACGCCUGCCGCUAUUGGAUAAACCAUCUUCAGCGAGUGAUCAAAGUAGAGGACAUUGCCGCAACAUUUGACGACUUUCUGUCACGCCGACUAUUAUUCUGGUUGGAGGUCAUCAGUCUACAGCGCGACCUGCCCACCGGGAUCCUGGCAUUAUUGGCCGCUAAGCAAUGGCUAACGUCCACAGGUACUGCUUCUCAACAACCAGCACUGGCCAUCCUGAUCGAGGAUGCGGCCAACUUUGUCAUGGACUAUGCUUCAAUACCAGCACCUCGGUCAACGCCGCACAUCUAUAUCUCAUCGCUUCCUCUAUGCCCGCGGUCGAGUACGGUGUACAAGAAUUACCGGAGUCGGAUGCAAGGCCUGCUUGAGUUGAAGGGCAGUGUGAUUGAUCGCAGAGAGACGGCACCGGUGGCCACAUGGAACACGAACUCGGUAACCAGUCUUGCAUACUCAUCUGAUGGUAGUCGAGUGGCAGUCGGGUGUAAAGAUACCGUGAACAUACGGAGUGGAUACGAUGGAGCGGUACUUGCUGGUCCGUUGCAGGGCCAUACCAGCUCUGUGAAUUCGAUUGCAUUCUCGCCUGAUGGUGGACUUGUUGCAUCUGGAUCCUGGGAUGGCACUGUUAUAUUAUGGGACGCAUACAACGGUACUCGUAUUGCCGGUCCGCUGAGCCAUACGGGGACCGUCUACUCAGUUUCGUUUUCGCCUGAUAGCGUGCGCAUUGUCUCGGGCGGUGACGGGAAAGUUUGGGUAUGGAAUGCAACCAACGGCAAGCUCCUCCUUGGUCCGUUAGAAGGUCAUGAUAGUCUAGUCAAAUGUGUAACUUUUUCACCCGGCGGUACUCUCAUUGCCUCUGGUUCGUCUGAUUGCACCAUCCGACUGUGGCGCUCAGACGAUGGCACUUUGGCUAUUCCCCCACUGGAGUUCCCUACUGGAGGAGUCAUAUGUCUCGCAUUCACUUCAGAUGGGAAUCGAAUUAUUGGCGUGUGCAAUGCCGGGACCAUUUGUGUCUGGAACGUAUCUGAUGGAUCGCUUGUUACCAGCGUCAAUAUUGAGGGGAUUAAGUUGGCGGCAGUCUCACCUGAUGGUGCAUUCGUUGCAAUUGGCACUUAUACCAAUGUGCAAGUACGGAGGAUUGCCGAUGGGUCGCUUGUUGCGGGUUUUGUCAGCUCUUUAUUAUCAGCACUCGCAUUCUCACCAGAUGGUACUCGGCUCAUCUCCAGCACUCAUCGUGGGAUCCAUGUGCGAAGCGUGCGGAAGGGCCUCGUGUCUUCUCCUGCAUCCUUGGUGCAGAUACCAGAGAACAUAAAAUCCCUAUCAUUCUCGGUCGAUGGUACUUGUGUGGUGUUGGGGUCGGACGAAGCCACUCAGAUUUGGGAUAUCUCCGAUGGCACGUGCAAGCCGAAUUCAGAUGUUGAAACACAACUUGCCUCCCAACCCUCUCGCGACUCAUCCCCGGGCGGCUUAUACGUUGCCGAUACUUCAGGUGGUAAACUGAAGCGGAUUGUGAGUACGGUGAAUAGGUCUAUGGUCGCUGGUCCAUUCGAUCCUGCCCUUAAAUUAUGGCAGUUCUCGCGUGACGGUAACUCUAUCAUCAUGUGCAAUGGUGGACUCAUCCAAAUGCAGCAUCUCAAAGGUCGAGAUGCUCCAUCCAACAUCAUUUCUCCCCCGCUUGGUCAGGUUCAUUUCAUCUCUCAGUCUCUUGAUGGCUCCAUUCUUGCCUCCUUUGUCGAAGAGGUUGUUUUAUCGAAUCCAGCCUUGUACAUCUCAAGCCUGUUUUCACCUUUGCUGAGAUUGAUAUCCUGUGCCGAUCCGGUGCCUGACUCUGCACAGGCCAACUCUCAGUUGGAGGCUAAUCACCGCCUGGAUGGAUGGAUGUCCAGUAACGACAACCUACUUUUCUGGCUUCCAUCCAACAUACUUCCUGGCGUAUCUUGUCGCCUCACUCUACACACCUUGCUCAUCGUCACUAGAUCAGGGACGCUGGUGGUACCUAAGCAGGAGUUGUAUGUUGGUGAUCAGUGGUCUCGAUGCUAUAUUGGAGACUGA